UAUUUAGAGAAAGAAAAUUUAAGUGUAGGAAAGAUGGGAUAAAAAAAUUUAAUAAUUUUAUCUACUUAUUAAUAAAAUACUAGACAAAUGAAUCGUCGAUUAAAUCAAUUAGGAUUUGUUUUAAGUUAAUCAGGUCUUAGAUUUCCACAUAUGCGAAUUCUUCAAAUGCUAAUUUGAUAAUUUUAUGAGAACUAUCAAAGAGAAAUAAGAAAACGUUCGGCAUAUAAUUUUUAUAGGAUUGAGAAAUACUGUUUUUAAAAAAAUUGUAAAAUUUAUUUUUGUAUCGUAGCACGAUAAGUCGAUCGAUAAGAGCGUCUUUUAUGCCUCGAUCGUGAAGUAUGCAAAGGAGAUUAGAAGUUUAUUUUUCGUAGCUUUUGCACUACAAAAAAGUUAAACCUGUAUUUAAAGUAAAAAAAUAUCUUCGGACUUUUUUGAAAGGAGAAAAAAAAGAUAAAGAAUAUGAAAAAUUCAGCAAGCAGAGGCUGUAUAUCUUAGUUAAUUCUCUUCGUUCCGGUUGGCACUUUACGACUCGUAGGGAUUUUGCCACGUAAGGAAGUCCCAGGGGCCCGUCGCCCGCGUCACUUGUCGAUUGCGUGCCGUGUGUGCGUCUUGUUGAAUGACUCAGACCGACGCGCGCUGACUGACAGAUUAACCGUUCAACAAUGACGGCGCUCGGCGGCCGCGCGACGCAGUCGGUGUAGUCGAUCGGCGUUCUCCCGUCGAUCGCGGCCCGCCGCCGUUUCCUUUUGCUCGCCUGACUCGCGUGCGGUGAUGACGUGAAGAGGGAGGAUAGGAAAACGCUGCGCGUUACAACGGCGCAAAUUGAUCGUUGUCUGGAUUCGACUGACCUGCCUGCCGAGUGGGCCACGCGUGUUGUUCGGAGCAACGUGGCAACACACCAGUAAUCUCGACAAUAUUCCAAACAACAACAAACAACAAUAACAGCAUCGUGAUAAACUACGACGACGACGACGACGACGACAUGGAGGGAGGCGUGGCGGAGAACUCGAGCGGCGACACUUUGGACCGAUCUGAGGACGAGGCGGCCCUACAGGGAUGCUGCAGCCCGAAAAAGGCGCCCUACCGAUUUCUGGGCCUGGCCCUCAUGUGUCUGCUUGGAUUCGGCUCGUACUUUUGCUUCGAUAAUCCCGGAGCGCUGCAGGAUAAUUUUAAAACUGACCUGCACAUGUCGACUAGCACAUUUGUUUUAUUAUAUUCCAUAUAUUCCUGGCCGAAUGUCGUUCUGUGCUUCAUCGGUGGGUUCCUGUUGGACAGCGUCUUCGGAAUUCGGCUAGGUACGGUGAUAUACAUGGCACUCACGUUGAUCGGCCAGAUCAUUUUUGCGAGUGGCGCUAUGAUUGACGUUUUCUGGCUGAUGAUGCUUGGCCGAUUUGUCUUCGGAAUUGGCGCAGAGUCGCUGGCAGUCGCUCAGAACAGUUACGCGGUUCUCUGGUUCAAAGGUAAAGAACUGAACAUGGUGUUCGGGCUGCAGCUGAGCUUCGCUCGAGUGGGAUCGACCGUGAACUUCCUAGUAAUGGAGCCAGUGUACAAUUAUGUAUCCCAAUAUUACAAGGGCCCAAUGUGCAUCGGCAUAGUUCUCUUCCUCGCGUCCCUCACCUGCGUGAUGUCGAUGAUAUGCGCCUGUGCAUUGGGCUUCAUGGACAAGCGGGCCGAGAGAUUGCUCCGACGAGGGGAAGGACAGGAACCGCAGGUCGUUAGUCUAAAAGACGUCAAGGAUUUCAAACCAAUCUUUUGGCUGGUCGCGAUCAUUUGCAUCGCCUACUACGUCGCGAUAUUCCCCUUUAUCGCUUUAGGAAAAGUAUUUUUCGAACGAAAAUACGGAUACGAUCCAUCCGCCGCGAACACGGUGAAUUCUCUGGUUUACUCGAUAUCGGCGAUAGCUUCGCCUCUCUUAGGUUUCGCAGUGGACAGAACGGGCAAAAACGUAUCGUGGGUAUUUAUUAGUAUCUGCGUAACUAUCAUUGCUCAUGGUCUGCUCGCGUUCACCUACGUGAAUCCCUACGUAUGUAUGAUUAUCAUGGGGCUGGCAUAUUCGAUGCUCGCUAGUAGCCUGUGGCCUCUGAUCGCUCUCGUGACGCCAGAGCAUCAACUUGGAACCGCUUACGGGAUAGCGCAAGCUGUGCAAAACUUGGGUCUCGCCGUAGUCGCGAUUGUGGCUGGCAUAAUCGUCGACAAGGGUGGAUAUUUAAUGCUCGAGAUAUUCUUCCUCGGCUGGCUCUGGAUUUCGCUGAUAACCGCCGGUGCAAUCUGGGCGUCGGACAUGGCAACAAGCGGUGGUUAUCUCAACAUGACGCCAGGACAAAGAGACCGAUACGAGGCGAUUCAAUGCACGCCCGAAAGUUUGGAGCGAGAAAAACUGCUGUCGUCGGAAUGCACGUCGGAUUUCUCAGCGGAUAGUCUUAUGCAACCGCAGUCUGACAUCAGUAUACGAAAUCGUUACCUGUCUCGCAUUGGUGCAAUGGUACCACCACAUGCGAUUACGCCGAUUCAUCGACCAUUACGAUGAUAAUUUAGCUGCAAAUUCAUGAUAGAAAAUAGGUGUGUAAAAAUACUUUUAAAUCUCGAAAUGUUCGCUCAUUGUGUCUUCCUAUUACACAGCUUGAUCUGUGAUAAUUUCGUAACGCAAUUUCCUUCGAGACUUCGUUUUAACAAUCGUAGUCUUGUUUCUUUGACAGUUUCGAUCAAUUAUUAACGUAUGCGAUAAUAUGAAACUUUUUAUAAUUUAAUAACGAUGACACAAUUAUAUCUUUUAUUCACGGAUGGUGGAGCGUGAAUCACGUUUUCUCUACCUCCAAUUAAAAUAAAAAGUAAGCGUUGCGAAGUUACUUGUUCGUAGGAUAAUUGACGUGUAAUAUACAUUGAUGUAAUAUAAUAAAUGUUCGAUCUAA